AUGGAGUGUCCAAGUCGCAUGCACGAUGACGAUGACCACCCCCAUGAAGAUCGAGAGAUCACCGACGACGGCUUCGCGCGAGCGACUGGCAAUGCCGGCGUCGAAGCCUCCACAACCACACAGACCGGUCGCCGCCGAGUGCGGCGCGCUCCAAACCUCCCGCUGAGUGAACACUACAAUGAGCCCGUGCGCUUGCACGUCUGGUGUAGCAAGCGCCGCACCUGGACACGCGACGAUCUGGACCGCGAGCGCCGCGAGUUCUUCGAGACCCGGGUGACCGGCCGGCCCGAGGUAUGGGACGCCCUAUCCACAGCGAUUACCCUGAUGCGCGGGGGGGACCUAGCCACGGCGCAGAGCAUCGUCGAUGCCGCAGGAGUGACUAUUCCAACGGGAGAUCUUUGCGAGGGCUGCUAUGACGAGCAGGGCGUGCUAUAUCGCUUGCCGCAGUGUAUCGUCAGCGACCCCGAAAAUAUGGCCAAGACGACCUUGCUCGCUACGGACGAUAUCGCUCACGGUGGCGAGGCUAUACAGGAAGAAGAGGAUACGGAAGCAUUAUCGGAUGGUAAACUUGCUACGGACGACGCCUCCGGCGACGAAUUGAUCACCGACGAUAUUGAGCGGCGGAGAGAUGAAAAGGGCAAGACUAGCGAGCGAGACUUGAUCCGCGUCCAGGCCCGACUGAGUGAUCGCGGUGGGCCGGAUCUGAUGCUGCUGCUGGGGAAAGGCCAGAGCGUGGGCUUUCUGGCUCGCAAGGUGCAGCAGGAGGCAAGAAUUCCGAGCCACCAGCGUGUGCGCAUCGCCUACCUGGGCCGCAUGCUCAAAGAGCAUGAUUCGCUUCCUGAGCAAGGGUGGCAGCCUGGCCAUGUCGUCAAUGCCCUAAUUGCUUCUCGGGGUUCUGUUUGA